AUGGCAAGAUAUGAAGUCCAAAGUCAAAUUGAUAACGUUGAUGACACCUAGAAUCACUUUCAACUAUAUAAUAAUAGCUUUGAACGUAAAAACAGCAUGAUUUAAGGUCCGAAUUUUCUUAUAGAUGGGCUUGCUAAUGGAGGCACAACAAUUUUCUAGCCAAAAUACAUCUUUGAAAUAAAAUAAACUGAAAUAAAGUCAUAUCGUUGCAAGGAACCUAGUUUAUAAUCAGCUUAAUCAAAUGAAAUAGAUUUAUCAGAUCCAUCAUUGCCAAAGUUAGUCAAGAAGUAGAAAAGAAAAAAGAAGAAGGUUAAGAAAAUGCUGUAAACUCCAUAAGAUCCAAACAACCCAAAUUUAACUCCAUUACAAACUAAGAGGAAAAGAAAUAAUUGUAUUAUAGAAAAUAAAGACAAGAUUUUGAUUUGA